CAAGCAUAGAGACACCAAGCGUCAAACUUGCCAAGCAGCUAGCAACCAACCCAAGAAAGCUAGACACCAUACCCAUGGCUCGCGCUAGCGUCGUCUUCGUCAUUGCUACUCUCCUCUUCGUCGCCAUGGUUGUGGCACCGAUGGCCGAGGCAAAGUCCGCUGAUGCCCCCUCCGCCGACGCCCCCGCCCCCGCUGCUGACGCACCUGCCGAUGGACCUAGCGGACCGGCGGGUGCACCUGGUCCCCAGGGCGUCGAGGGUCUAUCGGGCAAUGAGGACGACGAUGAUGACUCCACCAACUAAGGCCAAGCACGUCGGUCCGGUUGCAUUUGGAACAAGACAUGGAAGAAAAGUGAGAGCAAUGUCGUUUAAAACCAAAAGUCCAUAAUAAUGUGUGGUCAUCCGUGAUAUGUUCUUGCUCUCCCUCUUUUUCUUUCUGUUUGAUUUCGAUGUGUUAUCAUGUUCUUAGCCUAUAAUUGUAUCAAUUCUUGAUAUCAAGGACUCCAAAAUUAUCGUUU